GUCGCUCGAGCCAGACCUUUAUUUCAAAAAUCCAACGAAAUUUCGGAAAAAAGUACAGAAGUUCACUAUUCGCGCUUUCUCUCCCUCCCUUUAAGUAUCUCUCUUUAUCUGCAUGCGGAGUGCGUGUGUAUAAGUGCAUUGCGGUGCGCUCGCGUCGUCGAUGUCGCCGCCGUCUACCAACCAACAAACGGCCUAAGAAAAAUCAUCGUAAGUUUCCCCCGAGUGUGCACAGUGAUCGAGAGAGUAGCUCGUGUUUUACACAUGCAGCACACGGUAUAGUGCACUAUGGAGAGUAAAUAUUUAUAAGAUGCAAGAGUCAUGCUAAGAGUGUGGAAGAAGGUGUCACAAAGUUCGAGAUGCGGCAGUUGCUGAAAAAAUGAGGUUCUCAGCUGUACAAGAGGACGGAUAUCGGGUAGGCUUGGGGCAGGAAACACCCCCCACCGAUGUGGAUGAAAGCAUGAUGGCUGCCACUGGGGAUUUAGAACCAGGUGGCGGCAGUGCCGUAGAAGAAGGUUCUAUGAUAUCUAACCUACCUCUGCUAUUUGCUAGUGGAUAUCCCACAUCAUUAGAAAAAAUUACACUGCCGGAGUUGGAGCGGUUCAUUACAUUCAUGGUUCAGUGUUCUCUGGGACAUGACACAGCGGAGGUGAUCAGUGAACCACAAUGGUGGCCCAAGGAAGUCAAGUUUUCUAUUCCACUUGUAAGGCCCAAAAGGAUCAAUGAUCUUUAUAAGGAUAAUUUGAAAAAACUGGUUUUCCGAUGCUACACAUACCACAGAAGCGAAUACCUACUUCGCUUCUGCUCCUACUUAGCACAGUAUCCACACGACAAAUUGGAAUACGUUAACAACUGGGACUCCACCACGAGUCUCUAUCUCAAAACCAAUGGCAAACUAUUGGUCACCUUCCGCAAUGAGAACAUGAACUACGAUCGGAAGAUCGAGGGUCCUAGGCGAAAGCUUUUGCCAUUGAACAGAACGAAAUCGAAUUACCCAAAUGGCACAACAAAAUCUUUACGCCGACGUUCAGCGCAAAAGCAAGCUCCGUCUCCGGCGAUGGUCGAACCACCCACCGACGAUAUCUAUCUCUGUGACAACUGCGAUGCGGAGCUUGUUGGUUCACAGAAAAUGAAGGAGCAUGAAAAGCUAUGUUACCGAGUUGAACCUAGACCGCUAACUCCAGAAGUCGAGAUAGCCCCGGUGAAGCAAGAUCAGUUCAUGGACUAUUUUAAGCUCCAACCAACCAACCCAGUGAUUCCAAACACCGAGGUUGACAGUACUCUGCCCUGCAACAAGGAUAAUAACGCACAGAACCGCAGCUCCUCGCGUAUUCGGAAUACGGUCAACUUGACCCGCUGUCCGACCAUUCCGUUCUCCUCGCCAGCUGGUCUCUUGCUUGGCAAAAAGUCCAAAAUGAUGACCGAGGCUAUACAACAAGAGCGACUCGAUCGAAUAGAGCGACACUUGACUGCGCCACCGCUCUCCAUAUCCUUCAAGCCCAAAUGGUUCACUAAGACCUAUGAGUUUGAUCGAUGGUCGGUCACCUUUAAGCCUAAUCGGGACAAGACACCGAAAAGCGACGAGUACGUUCACAAGUACAACUUUGGUUACACUGGUAAACCUGUUUUGGAUCUACGGUCUCAGUUGCUGUACGUAAGCUGCAAGCCCAUCUAUGUGGCGAUGGAGCGUUUGUCGGAAGGAGAACUUGAGGCGUUGAAACGCGACCCUUCGAGGUAUAAGAGUCCUGAACGCAAAGUACCACGCUACCGGCCGAGAUCUCCCUCUGUAGAGACAGUUUUCGACCCUCUACCUGGUGACGAGUUCAAUCCGAUCAUCAUCGAUCUCGAUGACGACGAGCCUUCGCUGCCGCCGCCGACCCCGACACCUCCACCACCUGCCAUCCCAUCUUUUCGUCUAGUAAUAACUAACGUGGCCAGUGUCAGCCCUACCGUCCGACCCUCGAUCCAACAGAAUGAUAGUUCUGCCACACACAGCAAACCCGCGACCUACACUGUCAGAACAGGCGUGAAACGUUCGAAAUCAUUGUCGACGCCGAUGACAACGACGAGGCAAAGUAUCAACCAGCCCAUACUGUAUGUAGAUCUAUGCUCAUCGGACGACGAGAUGCCCGAAGAAGACCAGGUGGAAGAGAUCGAGGUGGGUGAGCUCAGUUCCUCAAGUGCGUGCAUAUCAACCGACGAGAACCGUGACCCCAUUCAGAAAUUGCGCUCUCCUACGACGGCAUCGACGAACGUGUCGUCUUAUGUGCGAAGUUCGUUGCUCACGCCGACCAAGGUCAUCGCAAAACCAUGCAUUUACCCAGCCGACUCAACGAGCAACUGGCUCGCGAAUCUCAACACCGACACACAGCACCGAGAAAGUAGCGGCUCAAGUGGCUUUCUCAAGCUCGCGACACCUCCCACCCUGAAGAGUUCGCCCUGAAGAAAAACGGGAAGAUGAUACGAACACUGCUCUCUGACUUUGCCCGGGUUUGAGUUUGUCGUAUGCUCGCGAAUCAACGACUAUUGCACAGCGCUAGAGUGCGAUAGUUAAUCCGAAAAGAGAGUCACUCAUUUAAUCCUUGCUCUUGGAGAAGGUGCGAUUCUGUGCCGAAUAUGGAAUUUUGUCUUUUUUUUAAUCCUCGAAUUGUGCGCGGUUAGUUUUCUUUUUUAAUCUUGUAAUAGUAUAGAAUACAUAUUCGCCUUUUAAAUAGGUCUCAAAUAAUCAAGAGCAACAUGAAAAAGCAAAGAUUACCGUGCAGUCGCGAUCGAUUUGUAUAAUGAGCACCGACCAUCAGCAGAAGAUUCCUGAAUGUAAAACCAAUGGUCUGAGAUCAAAGUGAAUUGCUCCAAGAAGUUACGAGGCAAUAGAAUGUCUGUUAUGGGACAUCUCUACUCCGUUUAAAAAAAACCAUUGUAUUUAUUAGCGGAAAUCAUUUUGGCCGUAAGUACGUGAGUCUACGAAGUUCAAUGAAGUAAAAGUACGCUGUACAGAAUUUUUCGAUUACUUUUUUUUUGUUUACUCUCCUGUUGCCACUGAGUAGAUCUCUCACGACUUUGUUCUUGUCGUUCAUAAUGAACUUUACAUGUAAUAUAUUUAAAUGAGACUGCGAAUGAGAAGAUGUGAGAUGAUUCGUUUGUUUUGUUGUGUUAAUUAUGGUAAAAAUCUGCAAGUCGAAUCUAUUCGUAAAAAACGCGCAUUAUUAAAACGGAAAGUAUAGUGUAGCUAGUUUAGUGAGACAUCCACAGCUGUUUUAAAAAUUUGAAAGAAAUUAUUGAUUUGUUAAAUGCGAUAAAACACAUGGUAUGUCUCCUAACACAAUUUUUAAUUCGACAUCAAGUGGUGCGAGGCGUAAGCGAUAAAAUACAGAAAAGCCGCGAAAACUGAGUUUAAGAUGAUUUGAGCGAGAAUUUAAUAAGUUCGUUGUGUAAGCGUGCAUGUGUGCCUAUUUGUAUGUAUGUGAAUAUCAGUUAUGCCGUCAAACGGAGCCGAGACAAUGUAGAUUUUUCACUCUCCAUAUUUUUAUAUAAAUUUUACUUAAAGCCGAAACGCACACUACAAGCGUUUCUUCAUAGAGCUAGAAAUUUUUUUCUGAUUAUCGAAGUUAUGCAUCGCAUUCUCGGCAUUCGGCCUGUGGUUCAUUUAUUAGCACUUAUGCAUGAAUAUAUUCAUUCAAUAUAUGCUAAGUAAUAAUCAUCGCCGUCUCUUAAUUUAAAAUCCCCAUAUCAUGCUUUUUUUAUUACAAAAACCAUAUGUAUUUUUUCACAAAAAUGGCGCAUUAUUUUAUUUGAAAAAAUUAAUAGAUAAAUAAAAUCAUCUUCAACUCAUAACUAUCAAUUUAAGUAAUCAUCUAUAUAUAGAAGAUCUAUGAAAAGCAAACAAAAAUAUAUAAAGACUGCUCAAAAUAACAAAAUAAAAUUUGUUUGGGGUUUAAGGUAAUGUUAAACCCAUGCGUAAAUACGAUUUGUGCUGAUGAAAAAAAAAUCUCAAGUAAGACGUUACUUUGAAAUUUUGUUUUCAUUUGACACGCGGGUGAUACAAUUUAAGUGAUUUAGGAAAAUAAUUAAAAUGAGUAUUUGCACUUCAAUAUUACAUAGCGAAGAACAAAAAUACAGAAAACGAAAUUUCACGCCAAAAUUUUCAAGCGGCCACUGCUGGUUCGUUUACAUUAUAAUGAAAAAUCGGGAGCCGCCGUUGGCUUGCCGUGUACGACUGCUUUUGUUGAAGUGAUGCGAAUAUAUUUUGUAUUUACGUUCACAAAAGCUUUCUUGUAAUGUAUAAAAAAAGAAUAGAAACUUGUAAAAUAUAUUCUCUCUUGUCGUCAGUUUCCGUCUUUGAGUUGUUAUGAUUGAUAAAAGAAGGCGAUAGAAAUAAAAAAAAUUAAUAUGCUUCCGUAACAAAGUUGAAUUUGUGGGUCAUACCGUUUUGAUACUUUUAUUAUUCAUUUUCAUUUUAGUUAUUCGGCAAGAAAAAAUAAUUUAAAAGAUAUGUCGGUAAUGAUAAUGACUUAUACUUCGGAAAAAUUGACUAUUGAUCUGUAUUAAAAAAAUAUUCAUAACAGUGAAUGAAAAAUAAAUAUUCGUUGAUACAGGCAAACUUUUUAUUCAUAGGUUGAUAGUUUGAGACUUUUUUUAUUUGAAAUAUAAUAUUUUUAGCUUGAUACAAAAUUUUAAUUCUUUAUAUCUGUAUUGAUAUUAUUUAGAAUGAAUGCCAACAUACGUCUUAUAAAA